UUAGCCAUCUAAAGGGGUUUUUUAAAUAUUACAUUUCGAUAAAAAAUGCUAGUAAGGCCUGGUAUAUAUAUUGAAGACUUCGAAUCGCUAUCUUUGUAGUGCAACAAGUUUUGAUCUGGUGGUCGAAUUAUUGCAACUGGCCUUGGAAUAGGAAGAAGACAGAGUAAGUACAGCCUUCUUGGUGGCUUGAUCAAAUUGAAUGGUGAAACAGUCACAAAGAAAAGCAAAGAAAUAAGCAAUAUAUUGCUUCUUCUCUCAAUAAUACUGCGGUUACAACUUUUAACUGUGUAAAAGCUGGUGAUAUCAUUGACCGGAUACUUUCUGAAAGCCACUAUCACGGGUUGAACCUUGCGAAAUCAGCGAAACACGAACAAAAAAAGGAAGUUACAGAGUGAACCUUGCCAGAGCCAAAAACAUUAUCAUACCGAAAUCGGAAUAUCAAAAAUCGUUUAAUCGGUAUAAUUAAAAAAUGGCAGAUAUUCAAACAGCUUUUCGAUUUACUCUCGGCCUGAUUGGUGUAAUAUUGUCUGUGUACACUCUCUACGUUGAAUUUCAAUCCGCACAUGAUCGUUCAUACAAAGCUCUUUGUGAUAUCAACGAACAUGUUAGCUGUUCAAAAGUAUUUCUCUCGAAAUAUGGCAGAGGAUUUGGUCUUGUGGAAAAGAUUUUUGGUCCCGAUUCUGUUCUUAAUUUGCCCAAUCCAAUAUUUGGGAUAGUUUUCUAUGGCUCGGUGAUGGUGCUCUGCUUGUUCAGAUUCAGUUUGAAAGUUUUGGGUUUGUUGACAUUAUUGUCAGCGGCUUCAUGUUUAAUGAGCAUCUACCUGGCCUAUAUAUUGUACUUUAUGAAGGAUAUUUGCGUGGUGUGUGUGAGCACGUAUGUGGUCAACUUUUUGUUGUUGUUUCUGAACUUUCAACGCUACAACGAAAUCUCGAAUGUGCAGAAGUUGAAGGAAGAAUAAUUAUUUUAUAGAAUUAUAUAAAUGCAAAGGUUUUUCUUGGAGUGGAUGGUUUGUUAUAACAUCUUUAGGAUUUUUGUGUGUGAGAAAAAUUUUUCUUUGUCAAAAAUUUUUUUUCUUAAUUAAUUAAUCGUAUGUUGACGAGGUUUAUUUGGAGCAUCUAUUUACAGAAUUGAUUGCUUCUAUUAUCGCAGAUCCUGUACCAUUCUGAAAAAUUUUAAAACACGUUUUUUUUUGGAUAAUUUAUUAGUGAUUUUUUUGAAGAUUUUCGAUGUAACCCUAUUGACAAAAAAGAAAUAGAAUUAGAUUGUAAUUUAACAUCAAAAAAAGAGAGUGUUUAUUUGUGUGU